AGAUUCCCCCCAGAGAGACCCGGGUAGGGACAGGGACAGAGAGACGCCUCCAGGGGCAGAGGCCCUGGGAGGCAAAGACCCCCAGGAGAGAUUUACCCACCCCAGACGGAAAGCGCGGCUCAGAGUCGGACGACAGCAGACUGUCAGAGGACAACGCCCCCUAGGUCUCCUGGGAGAUCCCGAAGCGACCCCGGGGGCAGCUCGGACCGUGUCCGGGCGAGGGUGACCUAUCCUUGGUUGAGAGCGAUGGGGACACAAGCCCUGCAGGGCUUCCUCUUUCUCCUCUUCCUCUCGCUGCUGCAGCCGCGUGGGGCCUCGGCUGGGAGCCUGCACAGUCCAGGCCUGUCCGAAUGCUUCCAGGUGAAUGGGGCUGACUACCGCGGCCACCAGAACCGCACUGGCCCGCGCGGGGCGGGCCGCCCGUGCCUCUUCUGGGACCAGACGCAGCAACACAGCUACAGCAGCGCCAGCGACCCCCAGGGCCGCUGGGGGCUGGGCGCGCACAACUUCUGCCGUAACCCAGACGGUGACGUGCAGCCGUGGUGCUACGUGGCUGAGACAGAGGAGGGCAUCUACUGGCGCUAUUGCGAUAUCCCCACCUGUCACAUGCCAGGCUACCUGGGAUGCUUUGUGGACUCAGGGGCACCCCCAGCCCUCAGCGGCCCCAGCGGCACCUCCACGAAGCUCACGGUCCAGGUGUGCCUACGCUUCUGCCGCAUGAAGGGGUACCAGCUGGCGGGCGUGGAGGCCGGUUACGCCUGCUUCUGUGGCUCUGAAAGCGACCUGGCCCGGGGACGCCUGGCCCCUGCCACCGACUGUGACCAGAUCUGUUUCGGCCACCCUGGACAGCUGUGUGGCGGCGAUGGGCGGCUGGGCGUCUAUGAAGUGUCCGUGGGCUCCUGCCAGGGGAACUGGACGGCGCCUCAGGGCGUCAUCUACUCCCCCGACUUCCCGGACGAGUACGGGCCGGACCGGAACUGCAGCUGGGCCCUGGGCCCGACAGGCGCCGCGCUGGAGCUCACCUUCCGCCUCUUCGAGCUGGCCGACCCGCGCGACCGGCUGGAGCUGCGCGACGCGGCUUCCGGCAGCCUGCUCCGCGCCUUCGAUGGCGCCCGCCCACCGCCGCCCGGGCCGCUGCGCCUGGGCACUGCCGCGCUGCUGCUCACCUUCCGAAGCGACGCGCGCGGCCACGCGCAAGGCUUCGCGCUCACCUACCGCGGGCUGCAGGACGCCGCUGAGGACCCAGAGGUCCCCCAGGGCUCGGCCCAGACCCCCGUGGCGCCCCUCGACGGGGCCAACGUGAGCUGCAGCCCCAGGCCUGGGGCUCCGCCGGCCGCGAUGGGGGCCCGGGUCUUCUCGACGGUGACGGCUGUCUCGGUGCUGCUGCUGCUGCUCCUGGGGCUGCUGCGUCCGCUGCGCCGACGGAGCUGUCUGCUGGCUCCGGGAAAAGGGCCCCCGGCGCUGGGGCCUUCCAGGGGCCCCAGGAGAAGCUGGGCUGUGUGGUACCGACAGCCCCGAGGGGUGGCCUUGCCCUGCUCCCCGGGGAACCCCCAGGCUGAGGGUUCUGCCGCGGGCUACCGGCCUCUGAGUGCCUCCAGCCAGAGCUCCCUGCGCUCGCUCAUCUCCGCUCUCUGACUCUGGGCCCCGAGGGUCCGCUGGACUCGCCACCAGCGAGAUAGACACCUGCUGCGCCCUACCUCGGCCUUGCGCCUGUUUAGGGGAGCUCGGCCUCUGGUCGUCUUGGGGAGACCAGAAGUCGGACAGGAAACAUCUGGUGCUAUUAUCUGGGACUUGGCCUGACCUUGGGGGUCCGGAUGGUCCAGGCCCUCUCCAUGGACCUUUAUGUGGGGGUGGACUCUGGUUUUAGAGGUCUUUGAACCACUCUGGGGGUGGUCCUGGACUGCCGUCCUCAGUGAGAGGUCACAGGUCAACAAAAACGAUCAAAAACACCCCCACAGAUUUUGAAUAAAGGAUCUACUUUGGUA